GGUCCCGGUGCCCUCCCAUCCCUCCGCUCGCGCGUCUCCUCCCCCUUCCUGCCCUCGGCGCUUCCCGGCGGAGCGGGGCCGCCGCGGGGACCGACCGCGCCCGCCGCCGCUAUGGAGUGAACGAGAGGCUGCGGGGCCCGGCCGGACCGGCCGCCCCCCGCCCGCGGCUGCUCUCGCCAGGUGACUGUUCCAAGAUGUCCCUCUGGAACCUCGUGUCCCACAUGCCACCAGAGGAGCUCAGCAGCCUCUACACGGAGUUUCCCCGGAGCCUGCGCUGUCUCCUGGCCGAGUGGCUGGAGGACCAGCCCUGGGAGUUCAUCAAUGGCUCAGACGCCUUCUGCAGCGGCGUGGCCAGCAGGAUGCUCUCGGACAUGCUGGAGAAACUCCGCAGUGCUGCCGGCAGCGAUGGGCAGCAGUGCCAGAUCCUGCAGCAAGUCAGCAACAUCGAGAACACCUUCCGCCGGGACCCGCUGCGGCUGGUGGCCGUCGUGAGAGCCGUCCUGGAGGGCGAGAAGGCGGCCGUGCUCAAACGGGACCACCACCUGCCCCUCAGCUUCCACCGGCGGCAGGAGGAGUUGAAGUUCAGCCUGGGGCUGCAGCGGCUGCAGCACCGAGUCCGUGAGAUCCAGGCGCUCCUGGAGGAGGGCUCAGGGCGGGACGGGGCUGUGCAGAGCCCCGUGGCCCCCAGGGAACUGCCCACCCUCAUCCUGGAGGCUGUGAAGGAGCUGGAGGUGGCCAAACAACAGGUCCUGAAGAGGAUCCAGAUUUGGAAGAGACAGCAGCAGCUGGCAGGGAAUGGGGCCAUCUUUGAGGAGAAUCUGUCACCGCUGCAGAAGAGGUGCGAGAACCUGGUCGAGGUUUACUUCCAGCUUCAGCAGCAGGUGAUGGCAGCAAGCACAGAGCUGGGGCCUGAGCUGCUGGCCCGGCUCGUGGAGCGCUUCAACGAGGUCUUGUCCGGCCUGGUCAAGAGCUCUUUCCUGGUGGAGAAGCAGCCCCCACAAGUGCUGAAGACCCAGACCAAAUUCCAGGCAAGCGUCCGGUUCCUGCUGGGCCCACGGCUGCUGAAGGCAGCACCCAAGCCCUACAUGGUGAGGGCUGACAUGGUGACAGAGAAGCAGGCAAGGGAGCUGGAGCUCAGCAACUACAGCAACACCCUCAGCGAGAGCACGGGGGAGAUCUUGCACAACACGGUGGCCCUGGAGACCAACCCCACCAGCGGGAACUGCUGCGCCAACUUCAAAAACGUGCUGUUGAAGAAGAUCAAGCGCUGCGAGCGGAAGGGCUCCGAGUCGGUGACGGAGGAGAAAUGCGCCGUCCUGUUCAGCACCAGCGUCACCUUGACCCCCAGCAACGUCUCCAUCCACCUCCAGGUCCUGUCUCUGCCCAUUGUGGUCAUUGUCCACGGGAACCAGGACAACAACGCCAAAGCCACCGUGCUGUGGGAUAACGCCUUCUCCGACAUUGACCGGGUGCCCUUUGUGGUGGCCGAGCGUGUGCCCUGGGACAAGAUGUGCGACACCCUGAACCUGAAGUUCAUGGCAGAGGUGCAGACCACCAAGGGGCUCCUCAAGGAGCACUACUUCUUCCUGGCCCAGAAGAUCUUCAAUGACCACAGCGCCAGCCCCGAGGACUUCCAGAGCCGCCACGUCUCCUGGGCCCAGUUCAACAAGGAGAUCCUCCCUGGCCGGGGAUUCACCUUCUGGCAGUGGUUUGAUGGAGUCCUGGACCUCACCAAGAGAUGCCUCAAAAGUUACUGGUCAGACAGGCUCAUCAUGGGCUUCAUCAGCAAGCAGUACGUGUGCAAGCUGCUGAGCAUGCAGCCGGACGGGACGUUCCUGCUCCGCUUCAGCGACUCCGAGAUCGGGGGCGUCACCAUCGCUUACGUCAUGCGGGGCAAGGACGGCUCCAGCCAGGUGGAAAACAUCCAGCCCUUCUCUGCUAAGGACCUGUCCAUCCGCUCCCUCGGCGACCGCAUCCGGGACCUGGGGCAGCUCCGUAACCUGUACCCCAACAUCCCCAAGGACCAGGCCUUUGGGAGUCACUAUAACAAAGAGCAGACAGGCAAGGACGGCCGGGGCUACGUCUCCACUGCCAUCAAGAUGACUGUGGAAAGUGAAAGGGACCAGCAGCCUCCAAGCACCAUGGGGGCCCCCCACGAGGCCCCCCAGGCGCCCAUGUUCAACCUGCCCAUGCUGCAGCACGAGCUGCACCCUGAGAAUCUGCAGCCACUGCUGGCUCCCAUCUGCCCCCCCACUCCAUUCUGCCCCCAGCCCAUGCCCACGGGCUACCCCACGGUUGAGAGCAGCAUCAUGAUGGUCCCCGACAGGCUCACCUCCCCCUUCCACAGCCCAUCACCGAUGCUCUCGCCUCCAUCGCUGUCCCACUGCCAGGACCCUGCCUUCAGGUCCCCCGGACCCUUCAUGCCCAACCAGUUCAUGCCUGGGGAGGUCUCGCAGCUGCUGCCCGCGGGUCCCUCCGUGGAGCCGCAGGACGCGGAGAUGCCCGAGCUGCCCCCGUUCCAGCCGGUGGAGGAUGCGUCGCUGCAGAGCCCUCCGCGGUGGAUGUCGCCCAGCAUGGAGCAGCCGUCAGCCUCGGAGUUGGAGCAGCUCCUGGAGGUGCCCCUGUUGCCCCCCUUCGCGCCCCACCCGCAGCACAGCGGGUACCCCAAUUCCAGCCUGUCCUCCUGGGGGCUGGGGGACGCGCGGUGGGAUGACAGCAUCCGGCCAGGACACGCGUGA